CACUUCUGGCCCCUAGUAUUGCCCAGGCCCUUCAGUCGCGGAGCACGCCCCGCCCCCGUCCCCCAACUCUCGGUCUCCUGGACUGGAGUGAGGCUCCCGUCACUCGAACGCACGGCGGCAGUGGCGGCAGCGGGAAGAUGGCGGAGUCCGGCGGCGGCAGUGGUGUUGGCUUCGGCGCGGGCCCCGGCCCGGAGCGCCCUAGCAGCAUGGCCGAUAAGAACGGAGCCCUCAAGUGCACCUUCUCAGCGCCUGGCCAUAGCACCAGCCUCCUACAGGGCCUGGCCACACUUCGCUCACAGGGCCAGCUCCUGGACGUCGUGCUCACAGUCAACAGAGAGACCUUCCAUGCGCACAAGGUGGUCCUGGCUGCCUGCAGUGACUACUUCAGGGCCAUGUUCACAGGUGGCAUGAGGGAGGCAAGUCAGGACAUCAUUGAGCUGAAGGGCUUGUCAGCACGCGGCCUACGGCACAUCAUUGACUUUGCCUACAGCGCCGAGGUGACACUGGACCUGGACUGUGUGCAGGACGUGCUGGGUGCAGCUGUGUUCCUGCAGAUGCUGCCAGUGGUGGAGCUGUGUGAGGAGUUCCUCAAGGCCGCCAUGAGCGUGGAGACCUGCCUGCACAUCGGCCAUAUGGCCACCACCUUCAGCCUGGCCUCACUCAAAGAGUCUGUGGAUGCCUUCACCUUCCAGCACUUCUUGCAGAUUGCUGCCGAGGAGGACUUCCUGCAGCUGCCACUGGAACGCCUUGUCUUCUUCCUGCAGAGUAACCGGCUACAAAGCUGCGCUGAGAUUGACCUGUUCCGUGCUGCUGUCCGCUGGCUGCAGCAUGAUCCUGCCCGGCGGCCACGGGCCAGCCACGUGCUCUGCCAUAUCCGUUUCCCACUCAUGCACUCGUCUGACCUGGUGGACAGUGUGCAGACACUGGACCUCAUGGUGGAGGACGUGCUGUGCCGUCAGUACCUGCUAGAGGCCUUUAACUACCAGGUGCUGCCCUUUCGGCAGCACGAGAUGCAGUCCCCUCGCACAGUUGUGCGCUCUGACGUACCCUCUCUGGUGGCUUUUGGUGGCACACCAUACACUGACAGUGACCAUGCUGUUAGCAGCAAAGUAUACCAGCUGCCUGAGCCAGGAGCCCGCCAUUUCUGCGAGCUUACAGAGAUGGAGGUGGGCUGCAGCCACACAUGCGUGGCUGUGCUGGACAACUUUGUGUACGUGGCUGGGGGUCAGCACCUACAGUACCGCAGUGGUGAAGGUGCAGUAGAUACCUGCUACCGCUAUGACCCGCACCUGAACCAGUGGCUGCGUCUGCAAGCCAUGCAGGAGAGCCGCAUCCAGUUCCAGCUGAAUGCACUGUGCGGCAUGGUCUAUGCCACGGGUGGCCGCAACCGAGCUGGCAGCCUGGCCUCAGUUGAAAGAUACUGCCCGAGGCGCAAUGAGUGGGGCUAUGCCUGCUCACUGAAGCGCCGCACCUGGGGCCAUGCAGGUGCCUCGGCUGGGGGCCGCCUCUACAUCUCAGGUGGCUAUGGCAUUUCGGUAGAUGACAAGAAGGCACUGCACUGCUAUGAUCCUGCAGCCGACCAGUGGGAGUUUAAGGCACCCAUGAGUGAGCCCCGAGUUUUGCACGCUAUGGUGGGGGCUGGUGGCCGCAUCUAUGCCCUGGGUGGCCGCAUGGACCAUGUGGACCGCUGCUUUGAUGUGCUGGCUGUGGAGUACUAUGUGCCUGAGACUGAUCAGUGGACCAGCGUGAGCCCCAUGAGGGCUGGCCAGUCAGAGGCUGGUUGCUGCCUGUUGGACAGGAAAAUCUAUGUUGUUGGGGGCUAUAAUUGGCGCCUCAACAACGUGACAGGCAUUGUGCAGGUGUAUAAUACUGAGACGGACGAGUGGGAACGUGACCUGCACUUCCCUGAGUCCUUUGCAGGCAUCGCCUGUGCCUCAGUCCUGCUGCCUCGUGCUGGGAGCAGGAGGUAGCUCCUAGGACACCCCCUCUUGCCAUGACCUGGCUGCAUGCUGUUCUUGCCAGAGGCUUGGUGAGCACAUAUCCUAUGGAGAACCUCAUCACCCCGACCCCAAACCUUUGACCACCCACCCCUGGCUGGCCAUGUAGGCCCUCUGUGUUGAUAAGCCUCUUUCCUAGGGUCCUUCCUUCCUGAAGCAGAGCUUGGCUCUGUGCCUGCCCAGGGAGCCUGCCAGUGAGGAGGCAGACAUGUUAUGGCAGAAAACUUGAGCCUGAGGCAGUUUUCUCAUCUGCACAGGGUCAUCACUCAGGGGCAGUAAUCGGGAAUCGGGAGUGUUACCAUGCCCCACUUCUCUCCCACUCCUCAGCCUGGCAGUCUCAGACAUUCAGAUGAGGGCUCAUUAGUGUCAUUCCAAAUUCAUGGUAUGCCACUUUCCUCCUCCCAAGUUUCUUGUGCUUGUGUGUUUUAAAAUAACUGCACCCCACAUCUCUGUCAUUUGGACCCCUUGGAGCAGGAGGGGCUUGGAAGCACCCAGAUCGAAGUGAUGACCAAGGGUAGUUAGUUCUGUCUCCCAAAUGAGCCCAAGCUGUUGAGUGGGAGGGAGGCCAUAGGGAGGGUCGGCAAUUGCCCCUACUCCUGUCCUUGGUCUGAGACCCUCAGGGUGUUUGUUCAUUUGCUUUCAGAAGGAAAAACCAUAGCCACCUCCUGGAGAUGGUUUUUAUAGGUUCAGGCCUCCCACUGGGCAACGUGGAGGGCCCUAAGGAGAAUUGGGCCAAUGUCCCUGUCCCACAGAUGAAAGAGGAUGCUGCUUUAGAAUCUCAGUACGUCUGCAUUCCACAGGUCUGUUCAAGGAUUUUUAUUUUGUCCACUCUCCAGCCCUGUACUCCCUCGGUCCUGUGUUCAGGUCGAAGUGCCACUUGGCUCAAGACUACCAGUGCAGAAAGUCAGGCAGAUGGGAACCUUUCUUUUCAAGGGCUUCACAGCAUUUAUGGCUGCAUUUGUUUUGGUCUCUAAACCUUUUUUUCUGUUGUUCCAUUUUGUUUUUUUUUUUAAAGCAGCCAGCACUGCUGUCUUAUAAAUGGGAUUUGUACCCUUGGGGCAACUUAAAGUGUCUCUCUACUGCUAACAGAUGAUUGAUGUCAUGUCUCUGUGACCCACUCGCUGUGUAAAGAAUUAACCUCAUACCUUAGCAGACGUCGUCUCCUAAUAUUUUCCUUGUAUUUAAUAAAAAUGUUAUGGUGAAAGAUGGA